ACCAAGCUACUAAACUCGCCCAAUGUACUCACGAUGUCACUUUCUUGUCAAGGCUGUUCGCUGACAAAACUUAGCUACUCACCCUACAUACUCACCACCAAACUAGGGCUUUUGCAAAGAUAUGUCGCCAAGGGUGCCUGUCCUCAAUCUAGAACCCACACGAAGUUCUCGCCAAGUUGAAAAUUUCUAUCCAAACCUCCGUGUUGGAUUCUCUCUCCUAGAAUUGUUUGUUAACUCAGGUUGACUUGCCCUUCUUUACCUGAAGGGUUAAUCAAAUUUUUUUGUAAGCAAAUUUACUUAAAGAGAAUCUUUAAUCUUAAUUGCCCUCUUUUCUUUGUGCUUGGUCUGUAUCCGUCGUAAGGUCUUGAUAUCUUUUCACAAACAAUGAUCCAAUAAUAAUCCCAUAAUUAUUUAACCUAUUUGUAUACCUACAGGUUAAGAACUAAAUAUUUGGUAAAAAACAAGCAUAAAUGUUUAUUAAUUUGGACUAUUAUUAAUGUAUUAGUGUGAUGAGGGGCUGACAUUUUAAAAACAUGAAGGUGGGUUGAUGGGAGGCUUCCAGUUAAACUAGGGUUAGCUAUAAUUGAAAUAAGCUGUUUGGGGCAUUUUGGGGUUAAAGCAAACAAGCUCUUAAUUUCAAUCCCAGGCACUGUACUACUUGGCCUCCUUUUUUCUUCUAUUAAGCGUCUUGUGCGGCAGGUUCAAUGAAUAUGUUCUAGAUUUUCAGCAUGGUUUAAUUCUUUUUUCACUUUCCCUCAAUGAUGAUUUGCAAUCUGCUAUCUUAAUUUGAACUGACUCCUCGACAUGUUAUCAGUUGAAGGACCUCAGACUAAUUCUUCCAAAGCAUCUCAGAAUCUUGUAUGCUUAGCAGCCUCAAAUAGAAUUUCUGUGAUUUCCAUUGAUUAAGUAAAAUUAGCAUGGAAAACCAUAAACCUGCUUCAGGUAAUAAGUCUAGCAAGCAAGAGUUUCAAAAGUUUCAUUCAGGUAGAGAGGGUGCACCUGUAUGCGACCUUUGGACUGAUGGGCUUAUAUGUGCUUUUGAGUUUGUUCGAGGAUCCAGCCUUACUACAGAAAAGCAUAGUUCUAGGCCUCAAACAAUGCAUCGAAGUGAUGAUCAAAAUCUAAGGAGACAAGCAGCAAGAACUAUCUCAAGCCAUCCUCCUGUUCAAAACUUGAAUGAUAACACGUUAAGGGAAGUCCACUCUCUCAUAGACCUAAAUAGUCCAUCUACUGUAAGAGCUGAUGAUGGUCCUUGUUCUCCUUGUCACAAUGAAAAUGUGCACUAUAGGAACCAAAUUGCUGAUAACUAUUGGGUUCCAAUUGGAUGGGCAAGGAUUUCAGAACUAGUACAGAUUGUCCAAGUUGAUGCUAAAUGGUCUUCACAGCAAAUAGACUUGAUGGAGGAUGAAGAUGAUUUCACUGUUGCCGGUGUUGUUGCUCCUUACUGGGAGCGUCCUGAAGGACCCAUAUGGUGGUGUCAUGUAUCUGCAGGCCAUCCUUCUGUUGAUUCAUGGCUCAGUAAUGCUCACUGGCUACAUCCAGCCAUAAGUAUAGCUUUGAGAGAUGAAAGCAGGCUUAUUAGUGAACGUAUGAAAUACCUUCUGUAUGAGGUUCCCGUCAGAGUGGCUGGAGGGCUGUUAUUUGAGUUGCUGGGGCAGUCAGUCGGUGAUCCAUUUUGUAAUGAAGACGAUAUACCAAUUGUGCUUCGUUCUUGGCAAACUCAAAAGUUUUUAGUAACUGCAAUGCAUGUUAAAGGUUGUGCAUCAAGCAUAAAUGUUCUGGGCAUCACUGAAGUGCAGGUAGAGCUACUUCUUGCUGGUGGAAGUGCAGCUCCUAAAUCAGUGCAUGAGGUCAUAGCACAUUUAACUUGUCGCCUUUCUCGGUGGGAUGAUAGACUAUUUCGCAAGUUUGUUUUUGGAGCUGCGGAUGAAAUUGAGUUGAAGUUUGUGAACAGGAGAAAUUAUGAGGAUCUAAAUCUACUCAGUAUAAUACUAAACCAAGAAAUCAAAAGGUUGGCAACACAGGUUAUUAGAGUUAAAUGGUCAUUACAUGCGAGGGAGGAGAUCGUCUUUGAGCUUCUGCAGCACUUGAGGGGAACAGCCACAAGAAGUCUACUGGAAGGAAUCAGAAAGAGCACACGAGAAAUGCUAGAGGAGCAGGAAGCAGUGCGUGGGCGGCUCUUCACCAUUCAAGAUGUUCUUCAAAGCACAGUUCGUGCAUGGUUGCAGGAUAAAAGUCUGAGAAUCACUCAUAAUCUGGGGAUUUUUGGCGGUUGUGGACUGAUUCUCUCUAUAAUAACUGGCCUAUUUGGGAUCAAUGUGGAUGGAAUCCCCGGGGCUGAGAAUACUCCAUAUGCAUUUGCACUAUUUUCUGGAGUUCUCUUCUUCAUCGGAUUCAUAUUAAUUGGGCUUGGUAUGCUCUAUCUCGGGUUAAAGAAGCUCACAACUGAAGAGCAGGUCAACGUUAGAAAGCUUGAGCUGCAGCAGCUGGUUUCCAUGUUCAAACAUGAUGCGGAGACACAUGCGAAGGUUCGAGAAGGUGUCUCAAGGCAUAACUUGCCACCAACUGCUGCAGAUAUGUUAAACGGUGCUGACUACAUUCUUAUUACCUGAGCACUGUACUGGAGCUACCAACAAGUAGCAGAAGAGGAUCUCAGUCAUCUGCUAUAGAGUGUAGCAGCUUGUGACAUUUUCUCAUCCUUACGAGAAAGUGAUGAAUAUUCAAGUCUCCUCAAAAGAUCCGAGUCUCCUGUUGAGUAUCAUCUCUUGCUAGAAAUGGCUACAAGAUCGCAACUAUUUCUGUGCUGAUGGUCUUCAUUUCUUGUUAAUUUGCUCUGAAUAAAAGCAAUGAAAAAAAUGACAAUCGAUUGCAGUUAUCAGCAGCUUUGGAUUUCGUUUGGGGCGGCUUUCUUAAUGCUUUCUAAAGCAUCUUUCUAAUACAAUAAUUUAUAGUUCAAAAAAUUUUUGUACUGAAAAGCUGCUUUAAAAAACAGUAAAAAAGUCGUCCCAAACGAAGCCUUAGCUUAAUGCUGUAAUGUUGGUUAUAGUCACAUCCAUUGUAAGAUUUUAUAAAUCUUUCAAUGAACAAUGCUUCUUGUACCGCUAAAAUUAACAUGCAUGUUAACUUAUUUGGUUGUGGUGCAUGCAUAAGAGAAUCAUGGAGUGAUGGGUUGGUGGGUUUAUGUAUUUUUACAUAAUGUAUAAUACAGAAGUCUUGUAAAAAUGUGUUAACUUAUUGGAUGGAAAGAGCAUUUCCUAUUUCGAAGUUC